GUUUCAUUGUUUUUAAAUAGAAUAGAUAAAAAUGGAUAAUGCUGUAAACAAUGUGGUUGCCAAUCUUAUUCGAGCGGCAGCUGGCUCCAGUGCCAAAAGUGUCUCUGACCAAGAUGUAGAUAAAUUCGUGGCCGAUUUAAUAUUAAAAGAAGCUGAAGAAAAACGUAAAAAGUAUAACCAAGUGGGUGUUCAAGCAUACAAACCCAGUGGAUUACCCAACAAACCAAAGCCAAAGCCGAAUACUCGAUUCCUGUUAAACAUGGUAAAGGCAACUGACAGUCAUAACCAAGCAGUGAUUAAAGCCAAUGAAGACAAUGUUGCAAAAUUAAGAGAGGAAAGAUUAGAACGAGAACGAUUACUUACCAAAGAGAAAAAACAUCGCGAGUCAAGGCGUCGUCAUAGACACGAAGAUGACAAAGAUCGUCGGUCGAGCCAUAGGAGGAGGAGUAGUAGUAGUAGCAGUAGUCAUAGCAACCACAAGGAGGAAAGAAAACGGAGCCAUAGAGACGAUAGGGGUAACAGUCGUGACCACAGUCAAGAUAAAAAGAGUAGACAUAGUUCGAGUAGCAGUAAAGAAGAGGUGACAGCAGAUAGAAUAGACCCAGAAAGUCUCAAGCGUACAACUUCACCCGUUAAACAAGAUGUGCAGUAUAAAGGACGUGGUAAAGUUCGUAUCAAUGUGUCGUCGAUGGAUAAAUACUUUUCAGAGGGUUAUGACCCUUCCAUGGAUGUUGACUCGGAUAAAGAGGAAUACGUAUUCGCUACAGAAAAUCAGUCUAAACGUAAGCAUAAGAAGCACAAUGAAAGCAAAAAGAAGAAGAAGAUACCCGUCUCUUUAUUAUAAGCAUGAAAUUAUAUAACAAUAAUAAGUCCUGUCAUCGAAUUUCGUUUCUUCCCAAGCAUUUAUCACCCUCUAAACCAUGUAGCAGGAAAUUGACAAAGUGCUUGUCAAGUAGU